UUUGAUUACUUGUCAGAGGGUUAGAGUUUUAGCUUCCCCCAUCCUGCAAGGCCACUCAACCAUGUGCUAGCUGGAGUAAUCUUUAUUCACAAUGUCUUUACAAAGGCUCCUGCAACAGAACAGCAAUGGCAAUCUGGUGGACUACUGUGCUGGUCCAUCUUAUAACUCUGACUCUACACUCACAGGCAGCUUCCGAAUGGAUGAUAAUAGAAGGAUUCAAAUGCUGGCAGACACAGUGGCCACUUUGCCUCGGGGAAGAAAGCAGCUUGCUUUAACGAGAUCAAGUUCUUUAGGUGACUUCUCCUGGUCUCAAAGAAAGCUUGUUACCGUGGAAAAGCAAGAUAAUGGAAAUUUUGGAUUUGAAAUCCAGACUUACAGGCUCCAGAACCAGAACAUGUGCUCUUCUGAGAUGUGCACUCUGAUUUGCAAAAUACAGGAGGAUAGCCCAGCCCACUACGCUGGCCUGCAAACUGGUGAUGUCCUUGCAAAUAUCAAUGGUGUGAGCACGGAAGGCUUUACCCACAAACAAGUCGUUGACCUGAUCAGAUCUUCAGGAAACGUGUUAACGAUAGAGACUCUUAAUGGAACAAUGAUUCUCAAAAGAACAGAGCUUGAAGCAAAGCUACAAGUUUUAAAGCAAACCUUGAAGAAAAAAUGGGUGGAGUUCAGAUCUCUGCAGUUACAGGAACAGCGUCUGCUUCAUGGUGACUCAGGUAACUGCUCGAGUUUGGAGAACAUGGACAUAGAUGAAUCAGUUUUGUUUGGAACCCUGCCUGGGCCCAGCCCUGCCCUCCUGGACCGGAAUCGAUUAUCCAGCGAGAGUAGCUGUCUGAGCUCCAUGACGAUGGACAGCGAAGAUGGCUACCAGAUGUGUGUGUCUGAGGACUCAAGCAGGGGAGCCUUCAGUCGACAGACGAGCACAGAUGAUGAGUGCUUUGUCCCCAGGGAUGGGGACGAUUUUCUGAAGAGGUCUUCUUCGAGGAGGAACCGAAGCAUUAGUACUGCCAGUAGUGGGUCCAUGUCCCCCUUGUGGGAGGGCAACUUCUCAAACAUAUUUGGGACCCUGCCCCGGAAAAGCAGAAGGGGAAGUGUCCGGAAACAACUCUUAAAAUUCAUCCCCGGCCUUCACCGUGCAGUGGAAGAGGAAGAGAGUCGCUUCUGAUGGGCUGUCUUGCCCUUUUGUAUUAGCUUAUUUCGUAAAUAUCUCUAGACUUGUUUAGAACAACUCCACCCGGCCUGGUGGGAAACUGUGGAGGGAUUGCAAAACUGAAACCCCAUUUCAUGGCAAUAGUGACCUUUAUUUAAAUUUUUGUGUCAUGAUUUUUGCUUCUUAAGUCGUUUUGUAGCCAGGAAAGCUCUGUUUAUAACCAGAAGGUAGGGGAAUUAAGUCAUAAGUUAGAUACUAUAACAAAUUAAUGCACAUUCCUGCUCAUUUUAAUGCUGCCUGUGAAGGCAAGGGUUAUAUUUAUUUUCUGGAUUAUCUAUGUGAAAAACUGAGAACUUUUCAGAGUCAAGUGUAAAUAAAAGAGUGACGGAAUAUAAUUAUUUGGGAUACCUUCCGUAGGUUCAUUGGUAGGUCAUGGAACCUUAUGUUUGCUUAAGAUCAGGAGCCUCCAGGGAGGCUUAAUAAUAGGCAAUUUUGAACGUUUUCUGCUUAAAUCUGUGAAGGAUUAUAAAUAAAGAUGAUAGCUAUGUUUCACAAACACAGCAACAAUAAAGCAGGAAGCAUAUAAGUUAAUAUUAGGGUUUAGAUCCAUGAGAUCCAUGGAAACAUGUUGUCUAAUAGGGGUGCUGAGGAAGAUUAUGAUACGGCCUUUUUUAUAGUCAGCCUAACCAAAAUAGGUGAGAAUGUCACUUACGCGAUUCAACUUUUGUUCUGCCUAAACUUUGAUGGCAAGUCUAGAAUUCUCAAGAUCCUGCAUACAACUUUGUAAUCUUUGUUUUUGAGCAAAUGUCUGAAAUUUGAAAAAUUAAAGCCAGGAAAAGGAUUUUUCUCCUGUAGAGUUUUUCGCAUUAUUCCUCACUUUAUAUUAUAGAUUCCAGUUACUGCCUUAGCAUUUUUUUGCGUGUUGGUCAUGUUAGUAUCACAUUACUUCUAGCCUUUAAAUGACAUUUUCAUUCAGUAUCCAUUUGAAGUCCAUGGUUACUCUGUUCUGGUGAUACAGCUGCUCAUGACCUAUAUUCUAGAGUAGACAGUGUAAUAAAUAGUCCUUACUGAUUUAAAGCUGUGUGUGUGUGUGUGUGUGUGUGUGUGUGUGUGUUUGGGAGAAAGAGAUGUUUGAUAGGUGACUUUGAGUGGAACCACACUUAAAUCAAAAGAAUGAGUCAUUUUGAGAAAAAAAAAAAAGGAAGCGUGAGGAAGCCUGUAGGGUAAUAAAUGAAUGUUAAAAAAUAAAAUAUAAAAAGAUUUCUAAUUGGAACCUGCUUUCCAUUAAUUAUUUGAACUUAGAAUUAUCCAGUCGGCUCUGCUUGAGAAUCAUUCAUAUGAAAAGCAGUUUGUAGUGUUUCACAGGAACAGUUACAAUCCUGUGUACCACUUACUGAAUACCUAGCAGGUUAAAGAUGCUUUCCAUGUGAUCCAACCCUGUUAGAUAGGUGUUAGGCCUACAGAAAGGAGGAGGAAUUCAGAGAAGUUCCCAUGGCCAAGGGCGAGGCUUACAUCGAAAACCAUUUCUUUCUGGCUCUGGCCUAUCUUCAGUCUUUCAAGAUAUUGUUUACUCUUUUGCUGGUUCUGUGUGGUCAUCACCACAGAACUUCCCCCCACCCCCACUCCUCAGAGAAUACAUAAAGCACACCCCUCAGAGACUCUGCAUGGACAAAAAUUGUCUUUGGUAAAAAAGAAAACAAACGCAUUUAGAAUAACUCUUUCUCUUGGCCUCCACAGGCUAGUUUUCAAAUAUGGGCACAUUAAUAGCUACGUGGUUAACAAUACAUUUAUUUUCAGCAAGGGCUUGCAAACCAGUUGUGAUUGCCUGACACUGUUUAUUUCCCAUCAUAGAUUAGAACGAUCAUCUGCAGUGUAUUUUGUUAACCUUAUUUUGCCAAAUCCGGGGGAAAGAAAUCAUCAUGUUUAUUUGAGGAAAGAUGACUUUAAAUUCUUCUACAACGUGAUCAGUGUUUCAAGAACUUCCACAGAUCAUCUGGGAAAGCAGGUUAUAGGUUAUUUGCUUUUCUUCUGGCUUUAAGUGUUAAAUACAUCUUCCUUACAGUAAUCGUCAAAUCUAAAAAAGUUCAGGGAAGGGACAGAGCAAAUUUUACUAUAGUCUGAGGUAAGAAGAAUGAGAGUCAAGAGUUUGAUAUGUUCUGGAAAAAAAGAAAAGCACUUUUUAACCAAAGUACAGGAAGGAAGGGUAUCUCAUGUUUUGUGUGUUCACAAGUUGUAAGAAAACUAGCUGUUCAGUGGAAAUGUGGGUAAAUUUCUCACAGCAGAGCUUUUCAGACUUGUGACCUCAGUGGGGCUUUAGAAGACUUCAUUUCUCUAAUCUUUUGGAGCACAAUGACUCACUUUGAUGUAAUUUUUGAGAAAAUAAUUGAAAAGCUAAGUGCUUUGUUUUUUGCUUAUCCCAAAGUUGUCAAAUAUGCGAUAUUGGUGGAUUUCACUAAUUUAUAACUGGUUGUGAAAAUGCAUUUUUUGUCGCAUGGCAUCGAGAAGCCAAAUUUGAAUGAAGCAUAUUGAGAAUUAUUCUGUCAUGUGGCUAAAGGAACACCACCUUUGUGGUGUCAGAAACGUGGGUACUCUAUUUUUUGAAAUGAGCUUUUCUUCAUCACUUUCUACUUUGUAGUGUUUUUAUAUCUUAGUUGCAUGUACAAAUAGUAUUAAAAAUCCUAGUUUGAACUGAAGAAAUCAAACUUGGGUAUAAUUUGUGUGUACUGAUCAUACAGUAUAAGUAUUUAUGGAUGUAUACAACUUAAGUAUAGUAAAUACUACAUAACAACUAUAUCGAACCCUUCAGUUUACAAGGUUAUUGGUACUUUGUAUCUAUUUCCUUACAGAAUAUGGGCAAUAAAAAAGUUAAUACCUUUCUGGAAUAAAGAAUGCUAUUCUUCAGUGUCAGAAGUCUCUUCCCUCCCUUUCUCUCCCCCCUUCUCUCUAUCUCUAUCUCUUUACUUAUUCACCUUACAUGAAAUGAUUAUUUUAAAAGCAGAUUUUUAAGAGAUCUGGGAUGACCUCUUGAUACCUAAUUUUUUGACAUUUUUAUUUUUUUGCAAAGAAAUUUUUUUAACAUCUAUUUAUUGUUGAGAGACAGAGACAGAGCAUCAGCAGGGAAGGGCAGAGAGAGAAGGAGACAUAGACUCGGAAGCAGGCUCCAGGCUCUUAGCUGUCAGCACAGAGCCUGACAUUGGGGCUCGAACCCACAAAUCACAACAUCAUGACCUGAGCAAAAAUUGGACCCUUAACUGACUGAGCCACCCAGGUGCCCCUGACAUUUUUAAAAGGCAUUACCUACUUAAUUGAGGCUUUGCCCUUGUAUUAGCUGUUUGAUGUUUAACACAUUACUACAUACUUAGAGGUUUCAAACACAUUUAUUAGCUCAAAAUUUGUGUGGGUCAGGUGUCUGGGCAAAUAUUAGCUGGGUUUGCUCAUGGACUCAUGAGGCUGCAAUCAAGGUGUCAUCUGGGAUGACUUCUUACCUGGAGUUCUGACUGGGAAAAGAAACACUACUAAGCUCCCUCAGGUUGCUGUCAGAAUCAUUUCUUCGUGCCAUAGAUAGGAUUCACGGAAGCUCGCUCACCAAAAGCCAGCAAUGGAAAGAGAGACCGCAAGCAAGGCAGCCUUAAAUAAUGCAAUGUAACCAUACAGGUGACAUCAUCUUUGCCACAUCGCAGGACAUGCUGCACAAGUGACAUCCGACCAACUGUGCCACAUUAUGUUAGACGUAAGUCAUGGGAUCCAUCCAAGCUCAAAGAGCAGGGAUGGCACAAGGCGUGAAUAUCAGGAGGUGGGGAUCAAGGAGGUGCCUUAGGAUUUGUUCACAACAUCAUUCAAGGAGUUCACAAACUUGAUAAUACAGUGAGUCUUUUCUAAACUUCUUUGAGUAAAUAUAAAUGGAGAAUGUUAACAAUUUUUAAUACAGAAGUAGUAAGAUGAAAGAGUUCUGAAAUUAAAGAACCUGGCCAAGAUUGUAUAACUAACCAAAAAAGCUGAAGAGGAAACUGAAUUCAGGUCCAUUACUGACCUCCCAACAUUGUUGCUCAGGUGCAUGAAAUAUUAGGAAACUUCAAAGAAUAUUAAAGUGUGAACUAGCUACUUCCUUUAAAAUUCUUCUCAGGGAAUUUGAGUGUAUUUAAGUGAAUUCAGUGAUCGACACGAUGAAAUUUGUCACUUCUAUGUGGGUACAUCUUUAUGAGCAUAGGUCAGGAAUGCCACAGAAAAACAAAAUAAAAUUCUCAUAAUCAAAACUACAAAGCACAAAAGGAAAUGAUUAACCAUGAGCAAAAGUCAGGAGAUGCCACAAAUAGCAGAAUCAUCAGAAUAUGAGUAAAUAAAGCAGUUUGAAAGAAAAUAAGACUUAUAUUUCUUAGGAAUAGAAGAGAAGUCCCUUAUUAAAGAAUAUAUGCAAAUAUCAUAAUGGUGAGAAACUGUCUAUUUCCUCACUAAGUUCAAGUACAAACUCAGGAUGUCCUGUCAUCACUUUUAUUCACCAUUGUGCUAAAAGUUUUAGCUAGUGUACUAAGACAAGAAAGGAAACAAAAAGUAUAUACAAACUGAGAACAAGAAAUUAAACUUUGCAGAUGACAUGAUUAUGUAGCAAUUCAGGAAGAAUCAACAACAACAAAAAUCCUGGAAGUAAUAAGUGAGUACAGAAAGUUCACAGAAUACAAAUUACUACACAAAAGCCAGUUGAUUUCUUAUAUACAAGCACUGAACAACUGGGGUUUGAAAUAAAAACAAAAACAAAAACAUGACAGCAAAGCUUAUAAUAAUACCCCAAAAUGAAAUACUUAAGUAUAAACCUGAAAAAAUAUGUACUGUUACUAUAUGUGAAAAAUUCGGUCUGAGAAAAUCUAAAUAAAUGGAGAGUCUGUGUUCAAGGACUGGAAGACUUCAUCGUGUUAAGAUGUGACUUCUUCCUAACUUAAUCUAUACAUCUAGUGAAAUCCUCAUCGAGAUUUCAGUAAGCUAUUUCAUAGACCCUGACAAACUGAUUGUAAAAUUUCUAUGGAGAGGCAAAAAACCUAGAGUAGCCAAAGUGAAGAAGAAGAAGAAUGAAGAGAAGGAGGAGGAGGAGGGGAAAGUUGGAGGGAUCACAAUACUUAAUUUCUUGACUUUCUGUAAGUCUACAAUAAUUAAGAAGCAUGAUAUUGGCAAAAGAAUAGCAUGUAAAUCAACACAACAGAAGAGAGUACCCAGAAAUAGACCUGUAACAAUAUAGCCACUGAUCUUUGACAAAGAAGUAAAGGCAGUUAAAUGGAAAAAGGAUGGUGCUUUCAACAAAUGGUUCUGGAACAACUGGAUAUCCAUAUGCAAGCCCUUACACAUUUCACAAAAGUAACUUAAAAUGAAUUAUAGGCCUAUAUAUAAAACUUAAAAGUCUAAAACUUCUGGAAGAUAACAUGGGUUUGGUCAUGAAUUUUUAGGUAAAACAAAAGGAUGGUUCAUGAAACCAAACAUCAAUAUACUGGACUUGAUUAAAAUUAAAAGCUUCUGCUUUGGGAAAGAUACUGUUGACAGAAUCAAAAGAAAAAGCAUAGACUGAGAGAAAAUAUUUGCAAAAAAACAUAUUAGAAGGGGACUUAUAUGCAACAUACAAAAAGAACUUUUAAAGUUCAAAACUAAGAAUCCAACCUAAUUAAACCAUGUUCGAAACAUCUAAACAGACGCAUCUCCAAAGAUAAUACGUAGACGGUAAAUAAAUACAUGAAAAGAAUGCAGUAUUAUUUGUCAUUUGGGAUUUACAAAUUCAAACAACAAUGAAGUACUACUACAUGGCUACAGGAUAACUAAAAUCUAAACAACUGGCCAUGCCAAUUGACAUCAAGGAUGUAGUGCUACAGAAAAGCUCUUGCAUUGCUGGUAGGAAUGCAAAAUAGCACAGUCACUUUGGAAGACAGUUUGGCUUUUUUUUUCCCCACGAAGCUAAAGAUAGCUUUACCAUAUGGUUCAGCAAUUGUGCUCCUAGGUAUUAACCCAACUGAUUGAAAACUUAUGUUCACACAAAACCCACACACAGAUGUUUGUAACAGCUCUAUUCGUAAUCACUGAAACUUGGAAGCAACUUGAAUGUCCUUUGAUAGGUUAAUGGAUAAACUGUGGUAUAUCCAUAUAAUGGAAUAUUAUUCAGGUAUAAAAAAUGAGCUAUCGAGACAGGAAAAGACCUGAUAAAUCCUAAAUGCCUUUUGCUAAGUUAAAGAAGCUAAUCUGAAAGGGCUAUUAUAAGAUUCCAUUUACGUGAAAUUCUGGAAGAGACAAAUAAAUCAGUGGUUUCCAGAGGUCUGGGGUAGGAUGGAGGGAUGUGUAUGUGGAGAAAGUUGAAUAGAUGGAGCCCUGGUGAGUUUUAUAGAUCUGUCUAAGUCUACUUGGUCUACUGAAACAACAUACUGCUACAGAAACAAAAUACUGCAGAUGGAGAAUCUUAGACAACAGAAAUUUAUUUUCUCACAGUUCUGGUGACUGACUGCUCGGGAGCAGAGCCUUGUGGGUAGAAAUGGCCAUUUGAGGACAAAGCAGCCAUCUGCAAACCAGGAAGAGAGCUCUCCCCAGAAACCAAACCCUGUGGAACCUUAAUGUUGGACUAGAUCUGGACCCAGCAUCCAGAACUGUGAGACAACUGUUGUUUAAGCCAUCCAAUCUGUGGAAUUUUGCUAUGUCAGCCCAAGCAGACCAAAACAAGUAUGAUAAAACUAUUCUGCAUGAUAUUAUGAUUGUGGAUACAUGACACUAUCUAUUUGUCCAAACUCAUAGAACUUUACAGCACAAAAAAUAACUUAAUGUAUGAGAAUUAACAAAAACACAUUUAAAACAUUGGAGGAUCCCAGGAUUAAAUGCAGAAUGGGACAAGACACUCUGACUGUAUUACUAAUCUAUGAAACACCUACUUAAGAAAAGAUAAGGAAAAGGAGCCGACUUAAGUAACUUUGGGAAUGAUUAGUCUAUAAAAUUAAAGGCAAAAGCAACCAUACAUAAACAUAUCCCAGUUGAAAAAAAUUUUUUUUUUCUGAUAGGGGUGGCUGUAAACCAUUCUGAUACUGCUGUACAUGUAUAUUAGAGUUGAACUAUUAAUAAAUGACUGGUUGAUGAUGAGAGCCUGGAUUUUCUCUAUUGGAGUGGGAGUUUACUGUAAGUAAGGGAAGAGACUAGGGUGGUCCAUGUGGAAAUGGGUUAUAGAUAGAGACAUCAGUAUGCACUCAGUAUUAGCUUAAUACUGAUACAGAUGGUUACACAGAGAAAUAUUUAUAGUUAUAUUAUAUACAUAGGUUAAUAUACUCACACAUAUUAAUUAGCUCUGUCAGCAGAGAAGGUAUAGAAGGAAUGAGAUACCCUAGAAUCAAUGAGCAGACCUAGCACUAAGAUCUUGGUUUCUAAAUCCAUUUCCAGUAAAAGAAGCCAAGAUUCCUUGCGGAAAUGACUGAUUCUAGAACUGGGGCAGGAAAUGUACAAGAACCUGGAGUACUUUGUAGUGCCAGAAUGUAAAGUAUUUAAUAUAAAAACAAAACCUCAUUGUAAUGGAGAUAUCAAAGGGAGACAGAAGCUUCCAAUGGCCAAAUGUGGAGGUUUGAGCAACAAAUUAAUUAAAAGAGUAUUAGACUGUAGCCAAAGAUAUAAAAUAAAUAUCCAUGGGUGGGCCCAUACUGAUAUAAAUGGAUGACUGAAUAAAUAAUGAAUGGAGGGAAGAGACCAAUCUCCUGUGCAGAAAAAUUCCACAUAACUUAUGUAGACAUUCCACUCUCAAAGAGGUGGAGUAUAGCACCUCAUUCCUUAAACGUGGUUAGUUCCUUCCAAAGAAUACAGCAUGGAAAGGGGAGAGAAAAGUAUCUCUACAGCAGAGAUACUUGACAACUACUUCAGUCAGGUGAUCAAGAUCAAUAUCAAUAGUGACAGGUGACAUUGAUUACACGUAGGCUUGAUACGAUGUAGUGAGAAGGGCUACAUCUCUGUAGUCUUCCUUCUCAAACCUUUAACCUGAGUCUAAUAAUGAGACGAACAUUAGACAAAUCCUAGUUAAGAGACAUUUCAUAGAAUACUGACUGUAACCCCCGAACAUGGUUAAGAUCGUUAGAAACAACUAAAGUCUGAGAAGCUGUUCUAGCCAAGAGAAGCCAAGGUGGGUAUGAUGACUAAAUGUAAUGUGGUCUCCUGGAUGGCACCCUGGAACAACAACAACAAAAAAAAAGGCACUAAGUAAAAAGAAAUUCUGAAUAAAGUAUGGACUCUAGUUACUAAAAAUGCAUCCAUAUUCAUUCAUUAACAGUAACAAAUGUACUAUACUAACAUAAGAUGUCAGUAAUAGGGGAAACUGGGUGCUGGGUAUAUGGGAAUUCUGAACUAUCUCCAGAAUUUUUCUGUAAAACCAAAACUGUUCAAGAAAUAAAGUUUAUUAGAAAGAAGUACAUGGAAUUUGAUUGAAAAGAAUAAAAGGAAGGAAAAGGAAGCACGGUGGAAUUUUAUUUUAAUUAAGAUUAACUGGGAAGAUUUAAAUAAAUUUAAGCACAUUUUUACUCUAAAAACAUGGUCAUUGAACUUAAACCUUCCAGAUGGGAGGAGCAAAACCUCCCAACAUAGAUACGGAGAAUUUGUGAACUAAAAGAUGUAGGAAAUUACGUUCACAUAGAGAAAGAAAGACAAAAAGAGUGAAAAUAUUAGAAAUAGGUUAAAGAGAGGGAGGAGAGAAUGAAAAUAUUGAGGAUACAUCUAAUGAAAUAGAGGAAAUGAGAGGGUUGCUGUUUUGAAAAGCUGAUGAAAGGGAAUUUAACAGAAUCCAAGAAAAAACCCAUGAAUUACAAGAGUCAAAAAAGACUACAUUUUGAACAGGCAAAUAACAUCCACCCACACUCACACAUUAUAGUGGAAUCAUGGAACACUUAGAUCAGUAAGAAAAUCUUAAAAGCAACCAGAGAAAGGACCGAUUACAAGGAACAAUACUGAUGAUGACAGAAUCAAGUUUCUAAAUCUCCCUACUACUAACUAAAUUCUCCAUGAUAAAGAGUGUAACUUUGUGAUAUCUUUCAUGAGACUGUCUACCAGACUUUCCAAGGUGCACAGCUUAAUUCACCUUUGGUGGCAUGUACAAUUUUCCUUCUUAUAAUUUUGUAGCUACCAGAUGAACGAAAUAUUUUUUAAAGGGACAAGAAUUUUGAUUCACAAAAGAAUGCUUAUGUUCAGUUUCCAUUUGUUUCUUCAAUCACUCAACAAGUCAAUGAACAACUGACCAGUUUUAAUUAGGGGGAACUGUGUUAGAAACUGAAAACAAAUAAAAGUUUCUUACUUCAAAACUUACAGUUGUGUCAGAAGACACAUAUUAUAUUAUGAUAAACUCUAAGGUAAAGAAGAUAUAUAAUAUAUUUUAGGAGCCUAUACAAGGGCCACCUAACUCAAUUUGGAGUCAGAAAAGUGAUUAUUUUUGUACAUAAACCCUUUAGGGAAGGAGUGCAAAGAACUUCACUUCAUUUAUGACAUUAACACAGAUAUAUGAGGGGCGCCUGGGUGGCUCAGUCGGUUAGGCAUCUGACCCUUGAUUUCAGCUCAGGUCAUGAUCUCACAGUCUUGAGAUUGAGCUCUUGAGAUCCGUGCCCAGUGCAGAACCUGCUUAGGAUUCUCUCUCUUCCUCUCCCUCUGCCCCUUCUCUGCUCUUGUACAUGCACUCUCUCUCUC